GCUUGUAAAGGGAAACUUACUAAUCCAAGCCAGAUAAGGGAGGCAGCAUUCAAAGCGACGCAAUUAAAAAAAGGAAGGAAGAAAAAGAAAGGGGGAGGGAGGACGCCACAGCGAGGAAGAAAAAGAAGAAAGAGGAGGAAAAAAAAAAGAGAGGGGGGUGGGGGUGGAGAAGAAAGAAUCUGUCUGGAAGAUCAAAAGGGAAGGAAGCAUCGCGCGUGGAAAACUGAGCGGCCCAGCUGGAUCAGAGACUGGGGUUUCGGGGGAAGAAAGCAACCCAGCCAGAAGCAAAAAAAAUGAGGCUCCCCUCGCCUGCCUCUCUGCAAGGACAGGUUUUUUACUGAUGCCUAGAUGAAGAAGAAGAGGUGGACAACUCACAGUUUGCAGAUUGCCCCUAAGCCCUCCUUGGAUGGAAAGAAACGUGGCAAGAUAACAGGGUUAAGCUUCAGUUCAGGUUGGCGCAAAGCAACGUGGUUGUGUAGAACGUGGGACCUUGAACUUCAGGAUCACGGCUCAUUUUUAAAGCAUCAUGGUAUUUGAAUAGCCUUUUAAGAAAUAUCUGUGCAAAUUCCUUUCUGUACAAAUUGACUUGCUGUCGUCCUCUUGCUGUGGAAAGAGCCGCCUUUUGGAAGUGGUUAAUGGUGCCACGGGCUUCUCCCUAACCCAUACGACAGUGCAGUCUUUUAACUCUUUUUAAAGUGGUCGCCCUCCCCAGAACAUCUGGGGCAGAGGGCAUCUCUCAGCAUUCCUCACGGCGCUGACCCCGACUGAUCGCUAUUCUACAGCCCCUCCCUCUCCUGUGCAAAGCAUAGGCUCCUCCCCUUUGGAGCCUUGCUCUGCCCCUCUGACUUCCUCUGCCAGGACACUGCCCCCUGCAGGCAGAGCCAUGAAGCUGCAGGCCGUCAUGGAGAACCUGCAACGCCAACAACGUGCCCGGCUGCAGCAGGAGAUGGAGGCGCGGCAGCAACAAGACCAGCCGCAGGGCAAUCCUCUGCCCCUCCCUGCACCAAAUCCGACCACUAUGUUGUCAUCCCCUGGCAUCACAGCAUUGCCCCGUGGCCGCAGCCAGGACCCUCCUCCCUCUGAGGAGGGGGGAGAACCUGACACUGCCCGGAUCCAGAGGGCACAGAUAGCAGCCCUGGCAGCUAUGCGGGCAGCUGCGGCUGGCCUCAGACAGUCAUCCAGCCCAGUUGGGUCGGAGGAGAGCCAUUCUUCAGAGGAAGAAGAAGAGCUUGUAGGGGAAGAAGAGGAGGAAGAAGAGGAGGAGGAGGAGGAAGAUGGCGAAUACCCCCGAGAAAUAGGCUCAGAAGAAGAGGACAUGAAAGGCAAGUGGGUUGAAGAUUUUGAAGAAGACCUAGGCGAGGAGGAAGAAGAAGAAUAUGAGGAGGAAGAAGAAGAAAUGGUGGAGGGAGGGCUUGGCUCCAGUGCAGUGGCUACAUCAAGCCCUGGCACCCCAUUUCUGCACAAACAACAGACCCCCCAGCAAUACCGAGGAGAACCUUCCAGACUGGUAGGGGGGCAAGAACGGGGCCAUUCUGGGGUUCCCCAGCAAAGCCUGUCACAGUUGCAGCCUCAAGUCCUAGACCAUGGAGAUUGGACUUAUGAAGAACAAUUCAAGCAGUUAUAUGAACUUGAUGGAGAUCCGAAAAGGAAAGAAUUCCUCGAUGACCUCUUCAGUUUUAUGCAGAAACGAGGGACCCCUGUGAACCGAAUCCCAAUCAUGGCCAAGCAGGUGCUGGAUCUUUAUAUGCUCUACGUUCUGGUGACCGAGAAGGGAGGCUUGGUGGAAGUGAUCAACAAGAAGCUGUGGAGGGAGAUCACCAAAGGUCUGAACUUGCCCACCUCCAUCACCAGUGCCGCCUUCACACUGCGUACCCAAUAUAUGAAGUACUUAUAUCCAUACGAGUGCGAGAAAAGAGGGCUGAGCAACCCCAAUGAACUCCAAGCAGCCAUUGACAGCAACCGGCGAGAGGGCCGUCGGCAAGGAUUCAGUGGUUCAAUCUUUACCUAUUCUCCCAGUGGCACUCACACCAUGUUGUCUUCACCCAAGCUUCAAGUAUCAACCUUGGGACUGACCUCAGCUACUAAUGGCAGCCCCAUUGCUCCUGUUCCAAAAAUCAAGAAAGAGGAAGAUUCUGCAAUUCCUAUUGCGGUGCCCACCCGCCUACCUGUCUCACUCGCAAACCAUCCUGUCGUCGCAGCACAGGCUGCAGCUGUGCAAGCCGCCGCCGCCCAAGCUGCUGUAGCUGCUCAGGCGGCAGCGUUGGAACAGCUACGGGAGAAGCUGGAAUCGGGGGAGCCACCAGAAAAGAAGAUGGCGCUUGUGACAGAUGAACAGCAGCGUCUGAUGCAACGGGCAAUCCAGCAAAACUUGCUCGCCAUGACCGCUCAGCUGCCGAUGAGCAUCCGGAUCAAUAGUCAAGGGGCCCGCUCACCAGAAAAUCGCCAAGACUCUUCCAUGAAUCUGGCCGCCAAUGGCACCAGUAGCAUAAGCAUGUCAGUCGAGAUUAAUGGCAUCGUGUAUGCAGGAGUGUUGUUUGCCCAAACUCCAGGAGCCUCAUCUUCUCACAAUAAAGGAAGCGCCAACAGUGGGCGGAGUUCCAGCAGCACUGGCAGUGGUGGUGGUGGCGGGGGUGCAACAGGUGGCACGGCAGCAGGUUCCCAAGUCGGUGUGCCCCCUGCACCGACUUCUACCUCAACCAACUCCUUAUCGCCUUAAACCCACCACACCUCUUCUUCCUCCUCCAUCCUGCCAAAAUGAAGACACUGUUUGGACAGGACAUUUGAGACCGGCCCUCCCCUUCCCUGUUUCCCCCGUGUGCAGUGGGGGAGUUAAAUUGUGCCUUCUCCGCCCUCUGAUACCCCCUAGGCAUCAGGGCCUGACUGAUAUGUUUGGAUGGGGUUUUCUUUGGAUUUUGGGGCUGGAUGGGGGUGGAAUCGGUGAUGAACCUUACCACACGUGGCAUCCAGCCAUGGACAUUGAGGGGCAACAAGCAUAGUGCAGGGGGUCUCUAAAGGUGCAAACUCCCCCCUCCCCACCCAGGCAGCAAGGAAUUCAGGGAUGGUACUGUCCUAGGAUGGGACAAAGAUUCAGAAAACAAAGUGCAUUUUUCCAAUGUAGCUGAAAACCAAACACCAAACAAAAUUCAGGGGAAGUGGAGUACCUGGAAUGAUGGUUUUCUCCUGUCCUCCUUCCUCUGCUGUUCCCCCCCCCCUCCUCCCCUUUAAAGCAUUUUUUACCCACUUGGUAUUCUCUGUUUAGGGUUGUGCUCCAUGGGGUUCUGGGCAUUGCAGUCCCUGCAUAUCCAGAGGGCACCAAUUUGGGGAAGGCUGUUCCUAGUGAAUACAUUGGAAAGAACAACCACACAAAAAUUAAGUGGGGUUGGAGGGGGUGUUGUUAAAUUCUGAGCCAGAGCAAUACUGUGCAGACUUAGCUUUUUGAUGUGAUGCAUUGUAGAUCAGGGGUCUCCAACCUUGGUCCCUUUAAGACUUGUGGACUUCAACUCCCAGAGUCCCUCAGCCAGCAAAGCAAAACUGGCUGAGGAACUCUGGGAGUUGAAGUCCACAAGUCUUAAAGGGACGAAGGUUGGAGACCCCUGCUGUAGAUCCAUAACUCCUUACCUCAUGCAAAUCCACACUUUGCACUGUGUGUCCUUUUGAUUUUGAUUUUGUUUUGUUUUUUUAAGUUAUUCUUUGGGAUACCUCCAGACAAGUAGCACUGGCAGCAGUAGCAGCUGGUGUGCCUCCACUCUCACGGGCUUGCUUUGAAAUGGAACCCUAAAUAAAAAAUAUAUAUGCAGAUAUCAAGGAUUUCACAGAUGGAGGAUAAUUUGGGGGAAAGCUUUAUUCCUUGCCUUUUUUAAAAACUGCUGUCAAACUAUUUUAAGGAAAAUGAAAGGGAGGGUGUAAAUACAGUGUUUAUUUUCAAUAGAUCUCUCUCCUCCCCCCCCCAAAUCGGACCCACAAGCAAGCUUUCGUGUCUUUGCAUUUGUUAAGGAAAGCACCUCUAAAAAGGGUUUUCUUCCCCCCCUCCUUCUUGCGAUCUCGUAACAACUCCUUGGAGCUGUCCGAUUCUUUCUUCCUCUCUUCCCCCCCAGAUCUGGGUAGGGCUUUGAGGGUGCUCAGGUAGUUUUUUGUGUGUGGAGUGGGUGGGGUUUGAGGGGCUAUGGUAGCAUUUCAUAGGAUAAUAUUUUUAUACAGAGCUGCCCCCACCCCACGUAUGGAUUGUACGUUUGUGAGAAUGAGAACUGAAAGGAGCAGCCUGCCAGCUGUUUAAUUGUUGGCUCUCUUCUAAUUCUUUAUCUUAACCCACAGAAGAUUCCGUCUGUCAUAUGGUCAGAGUGGCUGAUUACUUCAGAGGUUUCUUGAAAACAAUUUAGAUAGUAGCAUUUACCUGUGGCAUAAUCUCUGCAAAGCUGCUUUUGUCUAAGCUUCUUUUCAAAGCACACCUAUUUAGAAAACAGAAGAGAGAGGCAUAGACAUCAUCAUGACUUCUCUCAGGCGGGUGGGAAUUAUAACUGGGGGUGCACUACAGGAUCCCCAAAGACAGUUCACAAUCAACUUGCAGCUACUAAUACUUUUUUUUAAAAAAACCUUCCUUUUUUCUUCUUUGAAAACCAUAAUUUGUUAGAACGAGUGCUAAACUCCUCAGGCUGUUUUAAGAUUGGCUUCCUUGCUAGCUCUCAGAUAUGUUUGGAACACCGAAAUUAGAAACUCGUUAUAGGUUGUCCUGUGUCUCCAAAGGUAGUUUUAGCACAGUUUGCCUGAAUGCUACACAGGGUUGCGUGGGAUUCUACCAGGCUCCAGUGUUGUUGGGAUAUUAUGGUACUCCAGAAUCACUCCUGCCGUAUUUAUAAUUUCAUUUAUAAGGAAUUGAAAGGUCUGCAGGACAAAUACCCUCCAUUAUUUCUAGCAGAGAUCACUCCAUUUUUGCCCCUUAGUCUUAGUCUUCUAGUAUCCUUUCUCUGACUAGCUAUAUUUGGGUUUGCUUUAGACCAGCUGCGUGAGAGGCAUCUACCUAGAUUUCCCCCCCACUGCUUUUUGCAGUAACAAAGGAGGUGACAGGAACAGUUUGGUCUGUAGGUCCUCUGCAAAUAUAGAAAGGUAGCUUGGAAACAACAUAUUCGCAAUCUCAAAAACCAUUGUUUUUCAGGGCCACUGUUUUCAGUUUUUCCUUUUCCUUCUGACCUCUUUCUUUAAUGCAUUUUAGGAAAACAAAUUUCCUUCUGAGUUCCACCCUUUCAUUUCAUUUGCAAAAGACCAGUGAAUCCCAAUAAUGUCAACAAAAGAUAAUUCCUCAUCUGCCAUAGCAAAGGCCCUGUUGCCUAUUUUGAUCGGGUUUUUUUCCCCUCCCGCAUUUUAAUUUGCUGCUGAGGGAAGUGGACCCUGGUGAGCAAUUUGGUUAAUUCCCUCUUUCGAUUCUCCUAGGUAUAUGCACUCCAAUUCACUCCCUUUGUGCCCUCUGCAAGUAUAAUUUAUUUCAGCCUGUGCAGUUAAAUGACUGCCGCUUUCAAAGAAACGGAGCCUCUGUAAGAGAGACCCUGUUUGUGGAUUUACCAUGUGAUAUGAGACAGAAGUUGGAAACCUAGUUGGAGACACAGUCGGAAGAGGUUGCUUUAUCAUUGACGUCCUCCCAACAUUAAACACAUACUGUAGAGCAGGGGACUCCAUACUUGGCAACUUUAAGACUUGUGGACUUCAACUCUCAGAAUUCCCCAGCCAGCCAUGCUGGCUGGAGAAUUCUGGGAGUUGAAGUCCACAAGUCUUAAAGUUGCCAAGUUUGGAGACCCCUGCUGUAGAGUCAAGAUUUCAUUUUGGCAGGUGUUAAUGUCAGGCCAUCUUUUGUAUUAGGCCUUCAGGCCUGCCACGUUACUAAUUUGGGAAACUGGGAGGUCUGAAGGCCUAAUACAAAAGAUGGCUUCCAGACCUGACAUUUAAUUUUCUAUGUGGUUGGUUUUGUGGAUUUUUGAAACAGGCGUAUAUUCUUUCUGCCUCUUUGUUGCUGGGAUUUUAAUGCUAUCACUGAGUUGCAUCAUAGAAGACUGGCAUGUGGCAAUCCUUUCCCUUAGGGCUGGUUUUUUAAAGUUGGGAUCCUGUAAUUGAUUCAGCAUAAACGGAAAGUAUUUGAAUUAAAUGUCAGUGUUUUCAAGUAGGAGGCAUGCAUUUUCACCUGACUAACCCAUUUCAGCCAAUCGGCUGUGUUGGAUGACCCAGACACGAGGAUACCUUGGCAAGGGAGUGUUGGGAAAUGGAGCCCCACAUUUCUGAUCGGAUGCCAAUGUAGCAAGGGCUAACGCCUGUGGAGAAUUCACAGUUGUGGAUCAAGCAGCUUUUGGGCAUGCUGAGAAUAGGAAAAUUCAGCUUAUCUUCAGGUUCCACAAAUGCCGAAAGGAGUGCACUUCGUUUUGGGAAGCAGAGUGUCCUGGCCAAAUUGAGCAGUUUCCCACAGUUACAGAUCCCAGACACUUCAAUCUAUUUUGGGGCCUUUUAUCGUAGUUCAGCUUUUCAGCAUCUCCCCUCUAAUGCCAGAUAAGGUGAAACCCCUUGGUUACAACGGCUCCAGGUCUAGAAACAUGGGGCAAAGCAUGGCGUCUCUAAAUGGUGGAGGAGGAGGAUGGGUUCAUUUUCUGAGAUGAAUGGAGGGCUCUGAGACCCACAAGCUGCCACACACACGGAAUUUUUCCAUUCUCAGGAUAGCAGAGGGUAUCUCAUAUAUGGGGGUGGGAAAAAGACCUUCGGAAAGUGAAAUCCAGGAGAUUGGCUUCUAAGGGAUGUAGAGGAACUGCAAAGUGGCUUAAAUAUGAAAGGGAGAAGGGGAAAAAAGUGCUCUUAAAGGCUGAAUCCAACCCUUUUUAGAUAGCACAAAUCAUUCUUUUUUCUCUCUCGUCUGCUUCCAGAACUCUGUUGACACAGGGAGGGGAAUGCAAAAAAAGGGGGAAACACAGUUGUCAUCAGGCACACUAACAAAAAUUGCUUUUCAUUAGUUAGAUGCUGACUGGGUUCGAGGAGGAAGAGACACAUUUAGGGUUUAUCUGUGACCCAUAGGCAGCCAAAGGGAGGAGAGCGUUGGGACAAGCGUCCCUCAUCAUUUCAUCUGUGUUCUUUUGGUCUGAUAACAGGGUGGUAUCACAUCCCAGCCUGGAAGCAUUCCUUCCUCCCUGGAAUGCCCUGCCAUUCUGUCUUUCUGUGAAGACUAGCUACGAGAUUGGAGCCUUUCCCUUCGUGCCUUCACCACAGUUCUUGGUAUUUUCUUGUGUUUGCCCCGAAUCAGCAUUCCCCAACAUGAUUUCUUCCAAAUGUGAUAAGGACUCCCAUCUUCCAGAACAGGGGUCUCCAACCUUGGCAACUUUAAGACUUGUGGACUUCAACUCCCAGAAUCCCUCAGCCAGCAAAGCUGGCUGAGGAAUUCUGGGAGUUAAAGUCCACAAGUCUUAAGUUGCUAAGGUUGGAGAGCCCUGUCCCAGAAUGCCCAGACAAUGUGGUGUAAGAUCACUCUAGGAGUUCUGGGAACUGGAGUGCUAUCACUGCUGGAGGGUGUCCAGCUAGGGAAGACUUGGUGUCUAGAGUUUCUAUGAGAUCUGGAAACUUGACUGCCCCUCAAUUUUUCUGAUCCAAUCUACAUGUACACCUCACUGGGUGGAACCAGCUGAAAGCAUUUGGAGACUUUUUCUGCAGAAGCAGACUAUUUGAGAAUAUGUUUCAUUGAGUUUUAAUAAAAAGCAGAGUUCUCAAUCUUUGUGGAAAUUUCAUAGGCUAAAAGGGCUAAAACAGUCGUUUUCUAGAUUUUAUGUCUGAGGUGGGUUUUGUAAGUAUGGCAAUGAAGAAAUCUCUACUUCCUCCCAGAAAAAAACCUUGAGUCAUAAUUGCCAGUAAGGUCCAUCAGUAUCUGUAUUCUCUGCCACAUAGCCAGCAUUUUCUAUUUUUGUUUCUUUCAUCUCCUGUGCGAGUCUGAAUGUUUUCUAUCAGAGCUUUCUUGUAAAAAUACAGGUGGUGGUGGUUUUUUUUUUUAAUUCUUAAAAUGAUCAUCCAAAUUUGAUCCAUGUCUCUGCUGGCCAUGCCCAAGAUAGAAUUUUGUGCAAAAUUGUUCUGCUACAUUCUUUCCAUAAGCAAGUUAUCCCUGGUUUAACUUUAGCUAUAGGUAGGAAAUAUCUAACAAUAUAGUUGUGUGCGGAAUAUAUUGGCUAUCAAGUAGAUAAAAACAUAUCACACAGGGCAGAGAGAGGGGAGGAAUUGCUCCUAUAUUCUUCAUUGUUCUGUGAAAAAGUGUCCCUGCUUCCCAAAUAUGCCUUUGCUAGAUUGGUUAAAAUGAGUUAAAGCAGUCUUUCUCUUGUGAAUCCUUGUCCUCCUACUUCUCUUUCAUCCCCAACGGGAAGUAUUUUUACCUAACUGCUGGAUGGACCAUCUUCUUCCAGCAGCAUAGAGAGUAUUUAACAAAGAGGCAAUUGAGGUAGCCAUCUUGUCAAAGUUUAGGCCAAGCAAUGUUCUCACCUCUGUUUGCAGCUUGUUGUAGUAAGACAAAGGCCCUGUUACCUUCCUUUAGUAACAUAACAGAUGCGUAAGUGUCUUUCUUGUGUUUGCUGCUCCAUUGUAGGAGCUGCAAUUCAAGUAAUGAACCAUAAUUUCCUAUCUCACUUGAAUAGGGAAAACAAUGGUUAUUAGCUUUGGAAUCAACUAGGAUAUUAACCCAGCUUCAAAUAAUGCUUUAAUGUCCCAGAGUAUUCCAGCUUUUGACGAUCAGUUCAAAUUACAGGGAAGCUGGUUAAAUAGACAGUUUUUCAUUUGCUUGGCUUUAUGUUCACAAAGAGAUUGUGAGGUUUGGCAAAAAGCAUGUGUGUAGUAGUAUUUCAGCCAUAAAAUUGUCCAAACGUGGCCAAACCUUUAGCGACAGCUUUCAGGAGCUGCGAAGUGCAAGCUGUCACUCUUGAUUCCUUAUUUUGGUAGCUCUUCCUUUGAAAUUUACUGGUCUCAAUCAAAGUAAUUUAAAUAUGCCAAUUUUGCAUGAGACACCCUCCCAACCUGUGUGCGUCUACUGAGCAUAUCACUCUAUUCAUUAUUGAUGGGUGGGUCUUGGCAUUUUCCCCAUAAACACAAUGAAAGAGGAUUCUAGUAUGCAGGUGGGUGGAGAAGAAAGAUUCUAUAACUAAAUUUAUAUAAAUAUAUAUAUAUAUAUAUAAAAUGAGUGUGUAUGUUUGUGUCUCUUUUCCCUUUUUUGAGUGUGUAAUUGUGGGCGUGUGCGCGUGCGUGUCUAAGAAACGUAUAAAAUUUAUUUUUCAGUCCAAGCUUUUUGACUAAGGAUUGGAUUUGUAACUCAGGGGAAUUGAACCUGCUGUCUAGAUCUUGAUUGUAUCGGGGGAGGCGGGUAGGGGGAAGGGUCUCGGAACAAGGGCGGGUUAAAAAAAAUGUUCAGAUUUGCUUGCUGUGGCUGUUACUUAGAUGGUGGUGGGUUUAAAAUAUACGUUCUUCUGCUUGUUUUUAAACUUUCAAAAGAGCUGAGCCCCAGCAUUGGCUUUGGUAUUUCCAUUUACGUGAAUUUAAUUAUACCCAACAAUCAAGGAACAUUCCAGAUUCUUUAAUGAUUUUGGAAAAGUUGCAUUGGCGCCUUGAAGGAGUUGUAGUUGAGCAGGCAGUUGAGAGAAAAAACGGAUACUCCUGAAAACAUUCGGGUAAAAAGGAGACUUGAGUUAGAAGUGGUGAUGCAAGAUCACUCAGUCUCUUUGGGAAAUAACUCUUCCUGUUCUCUUCUUAUUUUAAUAGCACACGUUAAAACACAUUUAGCAUUUUAAAUCCACCACCUUUUUUUUCCCAGACCUCAAGCAAUGCUCUCCAGCUUGCUCAACCCACAAUCAAGUUUUGUCUUGGGGGGAGUUUAUUGGCUUAUUUUUAUUCUUGCGAAGGGGGGGGGGGUAAGGGAUGGCUUUAGUUAGUAAAAGGGUGUUUUUGUUCUUGCAUUUGUACAAACACUGUGUUGAGGGGAGGUCUUGAUUUGGGGGCUGGGAGAACAUAAUACUCUUCCCCCACUCUCCUUUGCAUAUCAGCUUAAAAAUAAGAUGUAAUUUCAGUUUUUCUCUAGGGAUUUUGAAUGGAAAAAAAAUUGAAUACAGCAAGGAUAUGCAAUCUGUACAGCGUAUGUAGUUUUUUGACUCAGGUAAAUAUGAAUUAAAAAUCGUAAAAGAAACCACAUUCUACCUCUGAAAACAGUAGGCCUGGGACUACCUUUUGUCUCCUGGCCUCUGUACUUUGUUUUUGUUUGUUUUUGCUUUUGUUUUUUUUUUAAAUCACUUUUUUCGCAAAACAUUCAGGUAUUAACCUUUGUGACUUAAUAAAGAAAUAAAAACACUGAAAAGUUUACAUUUUAUAACAUUAUUACAGAUUGUAUUUAAACUUCAGAAAUAUUUAAGAUGAUUGUAACCUUGUAAAGUUUAAGAAAUAUUAAAAAAAAGAAG